AUGUCCGCCUUCAUCCGUGUCGCUCGCGGCGUCCGCGCUGCUCCCAUCCGACCUGCCAUGCAGCCCCUUGUGGCCCGCUCGGCCGUCGCCCGCUUCACCACUUCAAUGCCCCGACGAAGCGAGCAUGCUGAAGAGACCUUCGAGGAAUUCUCCGCUAGGUUCGAGAAGGAGUUCGACGGUGUUCAGGAUGUUUUCGAGCUUCAGCGCAACCUCAACAACGCCUUCGCUUAUGAUCUUGUCCCUGCUCCCUCGGUGAUUGCUGCCGCCCUCAAGGCCGCCCGAAGGGUCAACGACUUCGGUACUGCCGUCCGCAUCUUCGAAGGUAUCAAGACCAAGGUCGAGAACAAGGGCCAGUACGAGCAGUACCUCGAGGAGCUCAAGCCCCUCCGAGAAGAGCUUGGCGUGCCUCUGAAGGAGGAGCUUUACCCUGAGGAGAAGUAA